AUGACAUCCUCGUUGCCCUGGUUCCGCGAGGGCACCGACCCUGGAACUAUUAUCACCCUUGAUGAACCCCUCUCUUCCCGGUGGAAAAUUAUUUCGAAGCUGAAUGAGUAUGACGAUCAGGCCACCGUGGAGCAAAAUAAGGCAUAUGGAUUCCGUUCUUUCGCCUCGGCUAAAUUUCUAUGUUGUGAUCCUCAACGACAUGCAACGAAAGCCUUUAUGCGAGUCUACAUUCAAGUUCCCCAUCGAACAACUGAAAUGGAUGAUGCGGACACCAGAGGCCAGCAAGCCACGUCAUGGACCCCGCAAGAAUUAGUUUCCCUGCUUGAUCUAACUGAAAAGGGCUUAAAUAUCACACCAAAGCUCCUCGGAUACAAGACCAGCACUCAGGAUCGCUCAGGGCUAGUUCCGGGUGGGUUCAUCAUAUGGCUUGUUUGGGAAAUUGUUCCGGGGCUACGCCUUGGCGAUCGUAACGGCGCUGGUCCAUUUUGGGGUCUUCAAAGCUAUGAAAGAGAGCAAGUCCGUGUAUCCUUUCUUAACGCUCUUGUCAAGCUGAAGGAGCAUGGGUGGUACCCGAGCGUGGCUAGGGCAAGAAGUCUUGUUUGGCACCGAGAGACUCAAACACUCUACUUCGUCGGUCGCUUCAGCAAGACCAUGGAGGGUGAACCCAGACGUUUGGCUGAGCCUGCCCAACGGAUCGCGACUUUUGAGCUUGCUUUACCGGACGUUCCAGUCAGAUGGAGAGACUGGGAUAAGGAUACUUCACGCUGGGAAUGGUAG